CCGUACAUAAGUCAAUUAUUGUUUGGACUUGUCAUUCAAAAUCAAACGUUUUUCAACAUUCUUCUCCUAAAAACAAAGUGAUGACUGAUAAGAGCGAUUGUGAUUUAUCCGUGGUGAUAGGAGUGAUGGUGGUAUUCGCGUUACCACUAACACUGCUGGUGCCGGGGUUCUCGGUGUGGGACGUGGUGCCGAAGGUGCGGAUAUCGCGACUGCACAUCGUCAGCCAGGACCUCACCUGGCCGCAGCUGAACGCAGCCAUCGUCUUCCUAUUAACACUAUUCUUCUGCCUUUACCUAGAAAUCCAUAAAAGAAAGUUAGACGACAUGGUAGAAAAGGUGCUGUCGGUAAGCCAAGCGACGGACUCUACGAUGGAAGUGGAACGGGAGCGUCAGGCAGCUGCAGUCAGGGUCUGUGUGGACCUCCUGGAUGCUUCAGCAGAACAUUACGAGAACCUCGUACUCCUGAGAGAUGAGCUAAGGAAGCGAGAGAAACUAAAAAAGCAAUUUCCACCAACCAUCGAAUCGAGCUCCACCUUGUAAAUAUAAAGGUCUCCUAAACCCCGAACAUU